AUGAGUAAAGUGAUUGCUUCUUCAUCCUCUCAUCAUCGUCGGUUUUUUCAUCUGCCUUCUCAGCAACCACAACCGGUCCCGCUCGAGGAGCAACAAACACCAUUGAAUCAUUUACAACAUACAGCGGCAGUGGCCAUGAUCGGUCUUCAACAAUUGCAGCAAGUGGCUUCUCAAAUGAAUUCAACCGCUAACGAACUUUCAAAGACUUCUUCUUCAUCAUUAUCCCAUCCAUCAUCAUCAUCCAAAAAUAAAGGACAGAUGGAAGAAAAAAAAUCAAAGACGAACAAAACAAAAGGAAUAGAGAAGAAACAUCAUUCUCAUAAUGAUAAGGAUAUUCGGGAGGGAGAUUUGAUAUUUGUAAAAUUGGAUGGCUGCCCCUACUGGCCAGCAAAGGUCAUUUCUCCUCAUGCCCCACACAUUCCAAAAGCAAUACGAGAGGAAAUUCUUGAACAAAUGGACGAAGAAGACACCAAUACAACACUGAUCGAAUUUUUUGGAGAUGAUAAAUCCAAAUAUUAUUGCAUGGACAAGGUUGUAGAAAUUUAUACCAAGAAUGCGGAUGUCAUUACCGAGAAAAUGACAAGAAAAAACAAGAAAUUAGCGGAGGCCAUGAGACAAGCUUUAUUGUAUGCUCAAUCAGAAGAAUUAUUAGACGACAAUUCUUUACAAAAUCGAAGACAAAGUUUUUCAGGAAAUAAUUUAACAAUUUCAACAAAAAAUGAUAAAAAAAGAAAAGUGAGCCCAGUAUCUUCUUCCAAUGGUAACAAAAAGAAGAAGGUCAUUUCUGAUGACGAUGAUGACGAGGCAAAUAGUAUUGAAAUAGUUUUGUCUGACAAUGACUCAUUGAGUGAUGACAAUGAACUCCGACCAACCAAUAACUCUCAUCAUGACGAAGAGGAAGAAUAUUCAUUUUCUGACGAAGAGGAAAGAGAAAGUCCAAGCAAAGCAAACGAAAAUCGAAGCGAAACAAAUUUGAGUCAAGCGAUAAGAACACUUGCCAUUCAUUGCUGUGGAAACCCUAAACUCGAUAAGAAAUUUUUUGAGGAUUGGCUUUGUGGCGACUGCAAGGUUUGUGGUGUUUGCGAGAGUGCAACAUGCAAAUCAUCGCCAAAUAUUACGGAAGAUUCACAAAUAGCGAGCCGUCUACGAAUUUGUUCCAAAUGCGACUCUGCCUUUCAUAUUAACUGUUUAGAAAAUGAAGGAGCCUUUGUGCUCUACAAGGAAACAUUCACAUGUCCCGAUUGUACUGAGAAGAAAAGUGAAUGGCUUCGAAGAAGAGGAGAACACGAUGCAACGUUUGAAAAUUAUUUAUUUACUACCUCCAAAGGAGUUUUAGACAGUGUCACACUCGACUUUGUUUUGAACAAUAAUGAUGAUGCAGAAGACUCAGACAUCAUGGCAUCAACAGAUGAUGACCAAUCUGAUAGUGAAGACAAGCCCAUGACUAGUAAGGGCAAUAAGAGAGCAUCAUCAUCCUCUCCCGCUACCAUCAAUCAUAACACAAUUACUAACGCUGCCACAACAACCAGUUAUUCUUCAUUCGUGGAUAACAUUUCUACUGAUUCUGGCAAUACCUCACCGACCACAAAGAAAUCUCCAAAAUCUGGACGAGCAACAAAGAAGAAGUUAUGCUCACAUGAGCAUCACCAAUCACAUCAGUCCUCAGAGUCCCCCAAAAAUUCCUCCAUUUCUCACCCUCAUUCAUCCAUGUCAGCAGACAUGCCUCAUUCCCCACCACCUCAUCGAGUAUUUGAUCAAUCAUCAUCUUCCUCAUUUGAAAUACAUCCUUCUACCACCCAAUACUUGAAGACAGAAUUUGGUCCUAAUGAACGAUCACAGAGUCACUCUGCCACAUCACCCUCUUCUGCUCUGAACAGCUGCUCUGGAAAAAGUAGAAAAGCAACCAAAGUCAAACCAAGAGGAGGUGGAGAUGCUUCUUCUUCUGAGAGCAGUGGAAAUUUGCAUCCACCAUCGAGUGUUUCAUCCCCACUCAAAGAAGAUACAAUACCAAGCCCAACCUCAAUGAGUCCAACCACCUCAAGCCCUUCAUCAAGUAAUGGUGACACACCUUCCCAAGAGCUCAUCACCCUAUUCAUUAAAUGUUUUGUGGAUGGAAAUAAGACAGACUACACGAAGAGAGUUCGUGUGUCAAGUCAUAUUGACAUUUCCCAACUCAAAUCUAUCACCAAGUCCAUCGUUCUCAAGAUGAAGAAGUCAACCAAGUUGGACAAUCACAAAAUUUAUCUAAAGAACAUUGACAGACAUGGACAUGAGGUACUCUUGGAUCUCGACGAGGAUUUCUUCCUGCAUGAUAGACUCCAAAACAGCGACGUUCUUGUACUGAAGAUGUAG